AAAGAAGCAUUUUACGGUGCGUUCACGAUGAUAUUUCCAGCGAAAAUUUGGUAUUUUUUUAUUUUCCAGUGUGCUUUGUGUGCCGUUGACAACGUAACGUAUUUAAAAAUCGCUGGAAUCUUUGAGAACAUCCAAUUGCACCAAGAAGCGUUUAAAUACUCUCAAAGGAUAAGCAGCCUGAAAAGUACCCCUAACAAUGUGAUCGUCUCGCCCGUUAUAGACCCGUACGUACUUAAAGAUGAGCCCUUCACAGCCUACAAAGCCACUUGCUCGUUCCUGCGCCAAAGCGUCGUCGGAAUAUUCGGUCCCCAAUCCGCUCUCAACUUCGAUAUAGUCCAAGCUAUUACCGAUAGGAAGGAUAUACCUCACAUACUCACCAGAUGGAUCCGACCGUCGGAAAUGAGAUUGCAGACCUUCAAUUUCUUCCCGAACCCCGAUAGACUAGCCGAUGGGUUCGUGGAUAUUAUCAACGCCCUCGAAUGGGAAACCUUUACAGUGUUAUACACGAACGAGGAACAUUUAAUAAGAAGCAACGAGUUCAUCAGGAAAGCGAAAGACGACGGUAUAAUCGUGUAUAUUGAGAACAUCGACCCUUUCGGAGAUGGAAAUUACAGACCGGUUCUCCGGAACGCCGGGCGAUCGGGCCAGAAGAACUUCGUCCUCGACUGUCCCAUACAAGAUUUAAGGACGUUGCUCACGCAACUCCAACAAGUAGGACUCCUGACAGCCGAAUACAAUUACUUCCUGACCAACAUGGACGCGCAUACGGAGGAUUUAUCUCAAUUUCAGUACAGCGACGCCGUCAUCACCGGGGUGCACCUCAUAAAAGCCAAAGACGAGCUGGCCCUGAGGGCGUCGCAGGACCUCUGCAUGCUCUACAACAUCACGUUCAAACUGGACUGCGGAAAGCCGGAGUUGGACAUCGAGACGGCGUUAAUUAUCGAUUCCGUUAAUGUAUUCCUGCAGACGCUUAAUUCAUUGGGAAUAGUCGAAGGUCAAUAUUUGGAUUGCGACGGCGAAGGGGGAUGGACUGACGGGCUGAGCGUCAUAAACGCUCUGAGGACCGGAUCGUUCGAGGGCAUUACCGGGCAAAUAGAAUUCGACAAUCACGGUUUCAGGAGAACGUUUCAAUUGACAAUUUAUCAAAUCAGAGACAACACCACCAUUAGAGGAAGCUGGAACAGCACGGACGGUUUGAGCGAAGACAUUGAAUUGACCUAUUCGGACGAAAAGGAAGAAGAAGACAGCGAUCUUAAAAACAAAGAGCUUACUGUUCUAAUAACGCUGACGGAACCAUACGCUCGUUUGAGUCCUACCGAUGGUGAGGUUUUGAAAGGUAAUGGCAGAUUCGAAGGGUUCGCUAUAGAUUUAAUAGAAGAAAUAGCUAAUAUGGAAGGAUUCGAUUACACUCUCGUGGUGAGAAGCGAUCACAAUCACGGAAAUUUCGACAGGAAAACCGGAAAAUGGGACGGCAUGAUCGGGGAUAUAAUAGAUGGGAGAGCUGAUUUAGCUAUAGCAGAUUUGACUAUUAACAAGGAGAGAGUGGAUCCUAUAGAAUUCACUCUACCUUUCAUGAGUGUUGGUAUAAGCAUAUUGUUUCAUAAACCGACCGUCAUUCCGCCGCCGUUUUUCCAUUUCGCCCAACCGUUCUCCAUUAGAUUUUGGGAAUACUUGGCGGGAUCCUAUUUGAUAACCGUCCUGUCGCUGUUUCUGAUCGGCAGAUUAUCGCCCUCUGAAUGGCAAAGGCCGCACACUUGCAAAGAGGACAAGAAAUACUUGGUAAACGAACUGACUCUGCUGAAUUCCUUUUGGUUUGCGGCCGCGGGGCUCUUCAGACAACCGACCAAUGUUAAAAUAAAUUCCGUUGCAGCGAAAGUUAUCGCAGGAGCUUGGUACAUUUACUGCUUCGUGCUGUUCGCGAUGUACAUUUCCUACUCGUUCGCCAACAACCACGUCGAAGAGAAGGAGGAAAUGUUCGGCAACGUGGAAGAAUUCUUGCGAUACGCCGAAGAGAAUUCGAUCGGAUUCGGGGCGAUGAAGAACGGCGCGACAGAGGGAUUCUUCAAAAAUUCGAAGUCGGAAGUGUACCAAGAGGUGGCGAAAUACAUGGAAGAAAAUCCGAACGAUAUGAUGGCGACUACAACAGAUGGAAUCCAACGAGUUUUAGAAGGGAACUACGCAUUUUUCAUGGAAUCAGCCACAAUCGCUUACACAGUAAGGAGGCAUUGCAAUUUAACCAGUUACGGAGGACUCCUCGAUUCCAAAGGCUUCGGAAUAGCCGUCAAAAAAGGUUCCAAUUUGUUGGGUCCUCUAAACAGAGCCAUAAUUAAAUUGCAAUCCUCCGGUGAACUUCAGAGGCUCAAGAACGUUUGGUGGAACGAAAAAUACGCCGGUGAUCCAUGCGAUGCUGAGGAUGAUUCAGUUCCGCUGGAUAAAACAGUGCCGCACGUGAACGGGUUAAUUGCCAUAACGUUUUUGGGCAUAGCCAUUGCGUUCGUCUCGUCUGUUCUAGAGUUUACGGUCUACGCGAUCCGAUUGAGCCGGAAGGUGAAAGCUCCGUUCGGCGAAACUUUCGGCGAAGAGCUGAAGAAAUGCUUCGGGAAGUCCCACACGGUGCAGCACGUCGAAGAAAUCGCGCUGACCAAGCCCGAAAACGGCGAUAGUGCUGUUAAAGAAAACGCUUGAUUUUUGCGAAAUUGUGUAAUUACAAAAAAUAUACGUAGUUAUUUAUGAAUUGUUUGUUAAUAGGCGUUGUAUAAAUAAAGAGUCAACCGAGUA